GGGCUGGCAUAGCUAGUAGUUUAGCUAUAGCAGCCACACACACACGCACACGUACACUUACUCGGCUACCUCCGUUUGCGGCUUUGUAGCGCAAUGGCGAGGGCAUUGACCAUGGGCGUAGUCGCCGCGGCGGCCGUGCUGGUGUUCCUGUGCGCCACCGCCGUGCCGGCCGCUGCCCAGGGAAAGAAGGGGCUGCCCAAGAACUCCCACGUGAUCCACCCGAAGCAGUUCGGGAGGAGGGAGCAGGUGCUCUCCUGCGACGACACCGCCGACGGCAACACCCCCUGCGUCGCCACCUGCGACAAACGCUGCCCUAACGAGUGCGUCGUCCUCUGCCCAGGCUGCAAGACCUACUGCAUCUGUGACUUCUACCCCGGCGUGUCGUGCGGGGACCCACGCUUCACGGGCGCGGACGGCAACAACUUCUACUUCCACGGCAAGAAGGAUCAGGAUUUCUGCGUCGUCUCUGACACCGACCUCCACAUCAACGCCCACUUCAUCGGCAAGCGCAACCCCACCAUGAGCCGAGACUUCACCUGGAUCCAAGCCCUCGGCAUCCGCUUCGCCGACCAUCGCCUCUACAUGGGCGCCCAGAAGAUCGUCAAGUGGGACAGCAACGUCGACCACCUCGAGCUGGCCUUCGACGACAUGCCCAUCGAAAUCCCUACCGCAAUCGACGCCCAGUGGCAAUCCACCACCGUGCCCGCAUUGACCAUCACAAGGAGCGCCACAACUAACGGCAUCAGGGUCCAACUCAAGGGAGUGUUCGACAUCUUGGCCAAUGUGGUGCCCAUCACAGAGAAGGACUCCCGCAUCCACAACUACGGCGUAACCGAGGAUGACAGCCUCGCGCACUUCGACAUCGGCUUCAAGUUCCACAGCCUCACCGACAACGUCCACGGUGUGCUUGGCCAAACCUACCGCACCGACUAUGUCAACAAGCUUAGCGUGAGUGCCAACAUGCCAAUUAUGGGCGGCACCUCUAGCUACGUCACCUCCGACAUCUUCUCCACCGACUGCAAAGUUACCCGUUUUGGCCGCUCUUCGGGAAUCUCCAUGGUCACUGGCAUGGCCACUUAAGCAUCAUGCGUCGACGGCUAAGCUCUAAGCUAGUGUCUUAACUUGACAUCGUAGAGUUUGCCGAGGAAUAAUUAACACCUAUCUGUGACAGGCUGGUACCACCAUGUUACACACGAUCAUGUCAUCUUUAAUACAAGCACAAGCAUAUGGUACGAUCGAUUGAUUUUCAAAUGAAAUAAAGG